AAUAUAAACAGAACAGCCUUGAAAACAGUCGAAAUUUUCCAUCAUAUUUACAAAAAAAAACUAAUUUAGCCAAUAAGAAACACAACAAGCGCCAGCAACGAAACACCAACAAACCAAACCGAAUAUUCCCAUUUCAUUUCCACGAAAUGUUUCAAAUAUCCGAUUUACAAAUACUUCCAUAAUAAAUAAUUUUUUACAAACCGCGUUCGUCGCGAUAAUUUCAGUUCACCAUACAUCCGCACAAUUCAAUGACCGUUGAAUAAAUUGAACGUGAAUCACAACAACAUAAUUUUACGGGGAUUUUCUGAAAUGAUAGUUAACAUCAUAUAAAUCUGUAACCGAAGCGAGCGACUUUAGUCUCUCGUGGCGUAGUCCCACCACACUAUUAUGCUACCAGAUAAAACAAAGCUAUCAAAAUCAACUGAGAAAAGUACUUGUCGACGGUGGAAAAUCAUACAAAAAAUCGUCCAUUUUGUUUGACAGCGGAAAUUGCGUUCUAGUGUUCAUCGUUUCACUCACGAUGUCCAUAGCAAUAGCGUUUGCUUUAAUGCUGACCGUUUUUCAUGCUACUAGUGCUACCGAGGACCCUCUAGAUGUCUUCGACAACGCUAAUUCUAUAGAAGAGCUUCUGCCUCCUCACGAGUUCGUCCACAAGGAAACAUGGGGUGGAAAACUGCCUUCGCACGUCCAAAAUCUCCAACACCCUCUAGAUCUAGUGAUUAUAGCCCACACAGCCACCAGUGUUUGCACAACUUUGACUGAGUGUUCCAAACUAGUGAAAGCCAUACAAAAUUACCACUUUCGUCUAAAAAAAUCUGACAUUGGUUACAACUUCUUGAUCGGUGGUGAUGGAAAUAUCUACGAAGGACGGGGUUGGGAUGCCGCUAACAGUGUCAAAGAUAAGUCAAUUAGUGUCAGUUUCAUUGGAAAUUUCUUGUAUGACCACUUGACCGAAAACAUGGUUGAUGCUCUCCAAGAACUGUUAAUAGAAGGUGUCGAACUUGGAAAAUUGAAAGAAGAUUACAAAAUCGUGUGCCAUAAUCAAACCAUCGCAACGCUGAGUCCAGGACAAAACGUUUACGACGUGGUGAAGACCUGGAAGCACUUUAACCCCGAACGACUACGCUAAAUUUGGUUUUUGGUUCCUUGAUUCAGUAUUUUGAGUUUCUAGUGUGAUUAUUUUCUAAAUAAAUGGAAAAGAAAAAUAUAUCGAAAUUAUUUCAGUGUGAUUUUUAUCAAAGAAAUAGAUUGUUUGUAUACGGUGGUGGGAAAAUAAAUGUUUAUUGGGAUUAA